UUGACAUUCUUCCUCUUGACCUCCAACAGUCACGAUGCUGCGCUUGGUGCUGCUGCUGCUGCUCAGCGGCACACACGCCUCUCACUUUUUGGGCACAAUGAUGACCUACUACCCAAAGCAAGUUCAUAAAGAUGGAUACGUAACGGUGAGUUUACGCUACAAGCUGGCCUACACCUCCUGCAGCCACUAUGACUUCUGGUACUGCAAUGGUUACUGUGGGAACCUGAUUCCCACACUGCAGAAGAUCGACAUGGAGCCCAGCGGUGAAUGGUGUCAGCGAGAAGGAACGAUGACUACAGUUAUUUAUCCAUACUAUUUAGCCCAGCUUGUGCUUGCGGGUGGCGACUGGGUAUAUUAUACCCAAAAUAACGUUGUGGCUUGGAGAGCUUUGACUUCUGUCGAACUGGGAAUACGAUCGGAUACCAAAAAGCCAAACAUUUCCCCUCAGAGCACCAUCAUUCCAGCUGUGAGGGUUCCUUCAAACUGUCAAAGAGAUUUCAACUUGAUGGCGUUUGACCCUGAUGGAGACAACGUGAAAUGCAGAUUUGGAUCUGAUUCGUUGUAUGAAUGUGACCCUUGUGCUCCUCCAUCUGUCCUAAACCUGACAUCAUCCUGCACUCUCUCCUUCAACAGCACCAAUAGCACCAGUGAAGGUCUGUACGCAGUGCAGCUGGUACUGGAGGAUUUCCCACAGCAAACUAUUACAUUGACUAGUAUUUAUGGGGCUCAACAAACCAAAACGACCAGUCAGGCAAUCAGCAAAAUACCACUCCAGUUUGUUUUACGUGUGGACCCUGUGGUACCAUCCUGCACAGAAGGAUUGUUUCUUCCAAAGUUUCUUCCUCCAACUCCAGAACACAGAGCCACGUUUCUCUCCAACGUGAAUCAACCCCUGACAAUUAGCAUCGCUGCCGAGGCUGCUAAUGCUACAAUCUCUGAGCUGCUGUUCAGCGGGCCGGCCGGUGUGGUUAAGAAUUCAUCAGGAUCUGGAAACUUCACUCUGACAUGGACGCCAUCAGUUAAUGAAGAAGGAGAGAGCCACCCCAUCUGUUUCGUUGUCCAGGCAACGCUGAAUUCAGCGAAGUAUCACUCUGAGCUCCGAUGCGUCAUUGUGCAAGUCGAGCUUGGGAUGGUGGUUCGAUUGAACAUGAAGGUUUUGUCUUCAUUGUCACAAGGAGGAAGCGUCAACGAAGUCGUCCUGCAAAAGAUUAAAGAUGAGCUGGUGAGCAUGGGGCUGCCAUCCGACAGCGCUCUGCUUCUUCUGAAAAGCAGCAGGACGCUAGCCAAUGCAACAGCGACAUCUGGUGUUUAAUCAUGGAAAGUGCAAGGUGUCCAGGCAGGAGUUGUACUGCUGCAGCUUUUAUAUUUUUCAUCCUUGAUUUGAAUAUAUUUACCGAUUUAAUCCGCAAUUUAUGCCUUGUAUUUUUUUUUUAUUCUACUUAGGUUUGCAUAUAUUUUUCUGCUUCGCUUUGACUUUGAUAAAUCAUACUAAAUAGUUUUAGGCAGACACUCUUUAACGUUAGGUAACUUCAAUAAAAUAAAACAUUU